AUGCGGCCUGCCAACUACCUACCGAGGGCAGACCUUUUGGUCUCAGCCUUCGCCUCCAUCUCUCUCUACAGUGCUGUUGCGAUGGCUCAAGACGACAAUAAAGACGAUGCUAAGGAUAACGACCCUUCUGCUGUGCCGGCUCCUGCACCCACCGACGCGAAGAACAGUGAUGCCGACAAGCCCACUGAUGCUGCCGAGACUGCUAAAGAGGCCAGUGACGAGAAGAAGCCUGAGCCUGCCAGUGAAACCAAAGAAAGCGCAAAGCCUGCAUCAACCCAAGAGACCAAAGAUGAAGCGCCUUCCAAGACGGAAGAUAAAGACGAUAAACCUACUGCUACCGAGGAGGAAGAGAAUGCCUCAACUGUGACAGGGGAGGGCCCGACAAAGACCCAAAACAUUCAGACCUCAAUCACGGCCAUUGCGGCGACUGACAUGCCUACAUUGACGAGGUACAAGCCAAUUCCUACUUAUCCAGCUCCUUCUGUUCCGCCUACAAACAAUGCACCUUUUAUGCGACACUCUAGUGCCCCUGAAGGAACCGUAUUUAUUGCUGUAGGUGCCAUUCUCGGCGCACUUGGCCUUGGCAUCCUUCUUUGGCGUCUCAUUGUUGGCAUUCUUCUUCAUCGAUCAGUCGAGCGAGCUGCUAAGGCCCAGCAUGAUGAGAAUGCAAAGACCGGCUUUCCUGCACCUCCUGCGCCUUUCUAUAAGUACACCGAUACCGGUUCCACUAUGUCACUCUCGGCUGGACGUGGUGUACGACGAACCACCAGAGGACCCGUUCUUUCAUCAACCCCCAGUGCUUCCAACUUGUUCUUCUCGCCAACAGCUGCUGCCUCAAACAAUGGGCAGGGCAAUCGUGGCUCUGCAUUCCUACCUUCUGGCUUCUACGCUGCAGGCACAAGCUCUCCUGGCGGCCAGGGUGAUCACAGUAUCAGCAUGACUAACCUGCGUCCUGACUCUCAUGGCUACUUUGGUACCCCUACACGUCCUAGUCCUCCCGAGUCACCAUCCUUCCAAGCUCGCAGAGAUAUUAGCAACUCAACUCUCAAUCUAAACCGACCACCAAGUCAACGUGCUCCUAGUGCGUUCCUUGAAGACCUUCUCGCCGACGAUCCUUCAAGCUUGCCGCCUCCUCACAUGCCUGGCGCUGCUGCGAGGCGCUCAUCAUAUGGCAGUGGCUCUCCCGGUGCCCACAACCGGGUUUAG